CCACAUAGCCUCGUAUAGUUUGUGACUGUUCUCUUUUGCGUACUUUUUGAUGAAAAAUUCUACGUUCGACAGUGGAGAAGUGGGAUAAAUGCGAAUGGAUUCGUGAGUUUGUAGUGCUACAGGUAGAGUUAUCACGUAUUUAAGAUUCUCACGGUCUCGCAUAAAAAAAAUUUAUCAAAGCUACUCCGCAACAGUAACUUACUCCGAAGCUCUUAACCUUUGAUUCUCGUCAAUUACACGAGUAGCAUCAACAUUAUGAGCUAUCAUCGAGGAAGUGGCAACAAGCCAAAAGGUUUUGGGUUUACCAGCUUUCAAAUGUCUGGAACAAAGAGAAGUGGCACCAAUAUACCUCCACCACCACCAAACUCUACUUUGAGCAAGCAGGGCUAUCACACAAUGAAUGCCAUUACAGAAAAUGCCUUAUCCGCUUGCUGGGGUAUGCCCAAGAAACGUAGCAAAACUGAAGAAGAAUAUUUUGAGGAUGACGAUGAACCUCCAACUUCUUCAUUGGAAUAUAUACCUGCGCCUGGUUCUCCUACAUACGACUUGAUGAAGAAAUCAGCAAUAAAGGAUGAUAGCGACAGCGAAGAAGAUACUCUGGAUGCUUUUAUGGCAGGUAUUGAUGCGGAAAUGAAGCGGAACACUUGCGCGGCUCAACUCGGUGAUAAUCAUAAAGAAGACAAAUCUAAAGGAUUUCGAGCAGACAUUGACGGAGAAGACGACGAGGAAAGUUAUUAUAGGUAUAUGGAAGAAAAUCCAACUGCUGGUUUACAACAAGAAGAAUCCGAUCAAGAAAUCGAAUACGAUGAAGAUGGUAAUCCCAUCGCACCACCGAAGAAGAAGGAGAUAGAUCCAUUACCUCCGAUUGAUCAUAGCGAAAUAGAAUACGAACCGUUCGAGAAAAAUUUUUACAAUGUGCACGAGGAGAUUGCAAGUUUAAAUAAACAACAGAUCGAUGAUUUGAAAAAAACUCUUGGUAUAAAGGUAUCUGGACCAUCUCCGCCGAAUCCAGUCACAAGCUUCGGCCAUUUUGGCUUUGACGACCCACUGAUUAAAUCUAUCCGUAAGAACGAAUACACGCAGCCUACGCCUAUUCAAGCACAAGCAGUUCCCGCUGCCUUAAGUGGACGGGAUAUAAUAGGUAUAGCGAAAACUGGUAGCGGUAAAACGGCGGCAUUUAUUUGGCCGAUGUUGGUGCACAUUAUGGAUCAACGCGAAUUAAAAGCUGGAGAUGGCCCAAUCGGUCUCAUUUUAGCGCCAACGAGAGAAUUAUCUCAACAGAUUUAUCAUGAAGCAAAAAAAUUUGGAAAAGUUUAUAAUAUUCAAGUUUGUUGUUGCUAUGGAGGUGGCAGUAAGUGGGAACAAAGCAAAGCAUUGGAAAGUGGAGCGGAGAUUGUAGUUGCUACCCCUGGUAGAAUGAUUGAUCUAGUUAAGAUGAAAGCGACAAACUUAACUAGAGUUACAUUUCUAGUUCUAGACGAAGCCGAUAGAAUGUUUGAUAUGGGAUUUGAACCACAAGUACGAUCUAUAUGUAAUCAUGUGAGACCUGACAGACAAACAUUACUAUUUAGCGCGACUUUUAAAAAAAAAGUAGAAAAGCUCGCUAGAGACAUUUUAACGGAUCCCAUUAGGAUAGUACAAGGAGAUGUUGGUGAAGCUAAUACCGAUGUGACACAACAUGUUAUCAUGUUUCAUAAUAAUCCUAGUGGUAAAUGGAACUGGCUAUUGCAGAACUUAGUUGAAUUUUUAAGUGCUGGCAGUCUUUUAAUUUUUGUCACUAAGAAGCUGAACGCGGAAGAACUUGCCAAUAAUCUCAAACUGAAAGAGUUUGAUGUAUUACUUCUGCAUGGUGAUAUGGAUCAAGUUGAGCGAAAUAAAGUGAUUACCGCUUUUAAAAAGAAGGAUGUCAGUACCUUAGUCGCUACUGACGUAGCCGCGCGAGGCUUAGACAUUCCACAUAUCAAGACUGUCGUAAAUUACGACGUAGCACGAGAUAUUGAUACGCAUACACACAGAAUAGGAAGGACAGGGCGAGCCGGUGAAAAAGGCACAGCAUUUACUCUUGUGACGGAAAAAGAUAAGGAGUUUGCUGGACAUUUAGUAAGAAAUUUGGAGGGAGCGAAUCAAGAAGUGCCAAAGAGCUUAAUGGAUUUGGCUAUGCAAAGUGCGUGGUUCAGGAAAUCAAGAUUCAAAGGUGGAAAAGGAAAAAGCUUAAAUAUCGGUGGCGCAGGACUUGGUUUCAGAGGGAGACCUACUUCAUCAAAUUUGGGUGGAUCAACAUCGCAGGCAUCCAAGGAUAUCAGCGAGGUAGUUAAAAAGUUGGAAAAACAUGGACCUGGUAGUGACAGACUUUCCGCUAUGAAAGCUGCUUUUCGAAGUCAAUAUAAUUCCCAAUUCCGAGCGUCAUCGGAUCACACCUGGGAACAGACAAUUACUCCACCUUCCGUGAUAAUGCCACCACCACUUACUGUACCUCCGCCGAAACCCGCGAUGGUUCAAGAGAGUGAAGCGUCCAAUUCUUCGGCACCGGAACGUAAAAGAGUGAGAAAAAGUCGAUGGGAAUGAGCAAGUAUACUAUUAUUUGUGCAUAUUAUAUAGCAACAUAUACAUUAUGUUAUAUUGAAACAAUAAUGAACUGAAACUUGUUUUAUAUUACAAUAAAAUUUAAUUUUACCAAUUCGUA